CCUUCGCGAGUAACACCAUGAGCGUCCACAAGUACGCCAAUUUACCAGACAUUGAUACAGCACCCGAUGUAUACGAAACCGAGGAUGUUGCACCAUCUUCUCAAACUAAUAAAGAUUCAAGUGAUGACGAAGGCCCUAUACCCACCCGUUCUGUUACGAGAGGAAAGACAACGGAAACGUCGAGAGAAGAGCUGGACUCUAGUAAUCUUAUGAACGCAGAGGAAGCGAGCAAAAAGUUCCGCAGGGCAGAGAAACGCCGUGAGCGAGUAAGGACACAUUACAUAUACCCACCAUCGCCAAUAUCAUCGGACGACGAGGAUGGCGCGUCUCGCCGGAAGCAUGUAUCGUUAUCACAUCGAUUGAAGACCCUUCAGGCAGAAAUGCAAAGUUUAGAAGCAGAGCUGGCCGAUCCAUCAAACCCUUUACUACAGGAUGAGAAAGAAGAGGGUCAAGUUGAUCCAGGGGAACUGAUACGUGGUUUAGUGGACGUCAGACGGCGUCUUGAAAAGGUUCGAAAAGAAAAGGAAGGAAGAGGAAAGCUGAUGGGUGUUGUACUCGGUCAGCAGCAGCGGUCCAAAGAUACUAGCGAGCAAACGGAGAACGAAACACCCCAUGAGACUGAGUCGAGUACCAAGGAGGAGAUGCCCGGCACUCGGAUUUUGGCAGAUAUGGACAGCAGGGUAGCAAUGCUGGAAAAACUAAUCGGCUCUUCUGCUACCCCCUUGGAAGAGACAAGUCCACUUCCACCCCCUCUUCUACCUCAAAUCUCGCGUCUCAGUGCUCAAUUGGGUGUAUUGACGCAACCACGACAUAUAGACUCCAUCUCGAGGCGUCUGAAACUACUGUUAUCCGAACUCGAACGUACAUCCCAGCACCGGAGACACGGUUCUCAAUCAAAUGUAACUGCGACCUCUCUACAGGAGCAGAUUCUUCCUUUACUCAACCGAUUGGGCCCAUCGUUACCUCAAAUCCCUCAUAUACUGAUGCGUCUCAAGACGCUAUCUGCUUUGCAUACCUCUGCCAGCGAAUUUGAGAACACUCUGAAUGGGUUGGAGGAGGAACAACAAAAGAUGCGUGGCAGUAUCACCGACCUGGAAAGCGCCGUUGCCCGACUGGAGAGCAAUCUGGAAGAGAAUAGACAGGUUGUAACUGGCAAUGUGACUGGCCUGGAGGAGCGAGUCGGGGCACUGAUGGAACGAACAAAGUGAACCACACUUUCAGCUCGUAGUUACGUCCCCACCAAAUACGUAGCA